GAGAACUAAAGCUCAGUUGUCCAACUUACCUCCAGGUACAAUUAUGUCCAAACUAACCCCAAAGAUGCAACAAAAUGGCAUGAUUGGUAAUUUUGUAGAAAGUGAACGAAUCAGUAAAAAUCUGUAGGAGUGGAGCCAUAUCCCAAAUCAAUCAUCUAACUUCUUGCCUUCAAUCCUAGGUUUGGAUUGUGGGUUUCCGUAAACAGAAACAUCAAUAUACGGGCUCAGAUCUGGUUGAUGAUUUUGGCAUCUGCAGAAUGGAAAAUUGGGUGUUGGUGUUGGGUUUUCUAGUUCUAUCAUGGGGAGCUCAGGUGCAGGCAGGGUAUUCUGACCACAAAUACAAUGAGGGAGAUCAUGUGCCUCUUUAUGCAAAUAAAGUUGGUCCCUUUCAGAAUCCAAGUGAAACAUAUCGCUAUUUUGACUUACCAUUUUGUCAACCAGCCCAUAUGACUGAGAAAAGGGAAGAUCUAGGAGAAGUCUUGAAUGGUGAUCGUAUGGUUGAUGCUCCUUAUAAGCUUGACUUUAAAGUCAACAAGGAGUCUGAGGCCCUUUGCAGAAAGAAGUUGAAAAGGGAGGAUUUGGUGAAGUUUAGGGAAGCAGUUAAGAAUGAUUACUAUUUUCAGAUGUAUUAUGAUGAUCUACCAAUUUGGGGCUUCAUCGGAAAGUUUGACAAGGACAUGAAGCCUGAUCAGAAGGGGCCUAAAUAUUUGCUUUACACACAUGUUCAUUUUGAAAUCCUAUUCAACAAAGACCGUGUCAUUGAAAUCAAUGUGCGCACUGAUCCAAGAUUCAGUGUUGAUAUCACCAAGGACGAGGAGAUUGAAGUUGAAUAUAUGUACUCUGUGAAGUGGACAGAAACUGACGUUCCCUUUGAUCAACGGAUGGAGAAAUAUUCAAAGUCUUCAUCUUUGCCUCAGCAUUUGGAAAUCCAUUGGUUUUCUAUUAUCAAUUCUUGUGUGACAGUACUUCUUCUAACAGGAUUUCUAGCAACAAUACUCAUGCGCGUUCUGAAGAAUGAUUUUGUCAAAUAUUCCCAUGAUGAAGAAACAGCUGACGAUCAAGAGGAGACAGGAUGGAAAUAUAUCCAUGGAGAUGUGUUUAGAUACCCUCCACAGAAGUCUCUAUUUUGUGCUGUUUUGGGUUCUGGCACACAACUACUGGCACUUGCUAUCUUCAUCUUUAUGCUUGCAUUGGUGGGUGUUUUCUAUCCGUAUAACAGGGGUGCCCUCUAUACUGCACUGGUUGUUAUAUAUGCUCUUACAUCUGGCUUUGCAGGAUACACAGCAGCCUCCUUCUAUUGCCAACUUGAAGGGAAAAAUUGGGUACGGAAUCUGUUAUUGACAGGUUGUCUCUUUUGUGGACCUUUAUUCUUAACAUUUUGCUUCUUGAACACAGUUGCUAUAGCCUACAAUGCCACUGCUGCAUUGCCAUUUGGAACAAUUCUUGUGAUUCUUCUUAUCUGGACACUUGUCACCUCUCCUUUACUUGUCUUGGGGGGCAUUGCUGGGAAGAACAGUAAGACUGAGUUUCAAGCUCCUUGUCGAACCACAAAGUAUCCCCGAGAGAUUCCCCCAUUACCAUGGUACCGAGGGACAGUUCCUCAGAUGGCAAUGGCAGGCUUCUUACCUUUCAGUGCCAUAUACAUUGAGCUUUACUACAUUUUUGCAAGCUUAUGGGGUCACAAGAUUUACACAAUCUAUAGCAUCCUCUUCAUUGUUUUCAUUAUUCUUAUAAUUGUAACGGCGUUUAUCACAAUUGCCCUUACAUACUUUCAGCUUGCUGUUGAAGACCAUCAGUGGUGGUGGAGAUCUGUCUUAUGUGGGGGAUCAACUGGUGUAUUCAUUUUUGGGUACUGCUUCUACUAUUAUUUUGCACGAUCAGAUAUGACUGGCUUUAUGCAGACAUCAUUUUUCUUUGGCUACAUGGCUUGCAUAUGCUAUGGAUUCUUCCUAAUGCUUGGAACUGUUGGUUUCCGUGCAUCUUUGCUGUUUGUCCGCCACAUUUACCGUUCAAUAAAAUGCGAGUAGCCCUGUGCCAUAGAAGGAAAAGAUGUACCCGUUGGUACACAUUCACUGUUAAUGUAAAAACUGAUUCUAACAGCCAUUGAUUAUAUUCCACGCUGACAUGUUUCAAGGGCUGUUGACUCUAAAAGGGAAUUAGGGAAGAUGCUUCAUGGUAAAAAUCUUUGUAUAUCUUUAUAAUAGUUUUUCUAGAAUGGAAACAUUGGUUUAGGUUGAGGUGGCUGCAAAAAUCUAAUACAUUUUUCCAUGGAAAGUUGACCAUUUGCACCAAUUUAAACCUCAAAGAGCACCACGAGAUGAAUCAUUUAUCUUCAGAUUGCUAGGCUUUUCCUUAAUACUUUUUGAUCUGAAUCAACUCAGAGCAAGUAUUGAAGAGUUUUGUGUAUUCACUUCAAAGCAUUAUAUUCUCAAAUUGUAUGUCUAUUCUUUUUUGAGUUUAGGAAAUUUAUACAUGGUUUUCAUGUACCAUGUUUAGACUGA